UCAGGAGCCCACAGCCAUGCCACCAAGGACGAAUAAGGAUGGUGGCCUGAGAUGGGAUAAAGAUCAUCCAGCCAGGAUUCUCCUCUACAAGGAAAUUGCAGAAGGCAGGAUUCCACUUGAUGAGGAGGAGAUGGGACCAGCUGAAGUCUGGUGUACGUAUCAUGACACCAUUGAAUUUCAAAUGGAGGGUAUGAAGUUUAACAGUGCAUUUAAUCGACGUUUAAGGAAGUUGAGAGAGCAAGUAGUAGAAGAUAAAGAGCAGGGAGGAAAGAAGAAAACGCUGACUUGGGACCAAGAUCAUCCAGCCAGGAUUCUUCUCUACAACGAAAUUGCAGAAGGCAGAAUACCUCUUGACGCAAAGGAGAUGGGACCAGCUCAAGUCUGGUGUGCCUACCAUGACACAGUUGAGUUUAAAAUAGAGGGAAUGAAGUUUAAUGACACGUUUGCUACUCGCUUAAGUGGUUUGAGAGCAAUUGUCAAGAGAGAUCAAGGUAGGGCCGCAAAUGAUAGGAAUGCUCUGGAAAAUGCAAUGAAGAAUCACCCCGUGCCCAUGCUGAAUCACCGUGGUGAGCCUCAAUGGAAUGGAUCCUCAGCACAGAAACUGUUGCAGCAGGACAUGGCUGAAGGAAAGCAUGAGACCAUGCGGCCUUCUGAGCUUUGGGAGACAAGACCAGAAUACAAAGAAGCCUUCUCAAGAAAGGAUGACUUUAGGUGGAAGAUUAGGCAAGAGAUUCGCACCAAGAAGUAUCUUUACACCCUUGAAUACCGUGCUGAUGAAAAACUCCGGAAGAACCUGAAAAAGCAAGGCAUUGUGUUGCCAGGAUGGGAGGACGAGGAAGUCUUGGAUUCAGAAAUGGAAGAUAUUUAGCGGCUAGAGUAAUUUAUACCUGUAAAGUUCAUUACGUCAAA